AUGUCCCUUUGCCGUCGGCCUAUUCGUCGAAUAGCCUUAGCAGCAAAAACUGGUUCAUUUAUUAAUAAAACCAUUCGAGCAAGUUUCAGUCAACAAAAUAUUUAUACACAAUUAGAACCAACAUAUUUCAGUAGUGAAAAAUUUAUGACGAACAAUUCGUCACCAGCUUCUCAGAAGAAACUUUGCGUUCUCGAGAAUUCGAUGAGAUAUUCAGAGGAACAAACUAACCAAGAACCUCAACUGAUUGGCGAAGAACAACAAGAUGAUGCUAUUUUCAAAAUCUUUCUGAAACGUGUUCGACAUAAAUCAAAUCACGCACUUGAUGAUGCCAGUCACAAUGAGAGCAAAACAUCCGGUGAUACUCACACAACCGACCAGGGAACGUUACUUUACUCAACAAUAAAAAUCUAUCAAUUAAAAGCUGGUACACUUGAAAAACUUAUCGAAUAUUUAACCCACGAUGAUGGUGAAUUGGAUACGACACAUAUGCACAUCUUAUUUUCAACCUAUCGAACAUUUACGAAUACGCGGGAGUUAAUCGAUACGAUCAUUACUCGAUAUCAAACUGUUCUUCCAGCUUCAUUGGACAUGACUGAAGAUGUUCGACGGAAGACUCUUAAGAGUCUUCGGGCAGCAAUCAUAUGUCUGCUGAAUACGUACAAAGAAGACUUUGUUGAACCGCCGUACUAUUCUACGUUGAAUCACUUGAUGUCACAAUUACCAGACGAAGACGUACGAAUUCACAGUCAUACUUUACUGGAGCAAUUGAAAAAUGAAGAAGAUCAUCAGACAUCCGAUAUCGAUAAUAAUAAUAAUAAUAAUAAUUCAAAGAAGAAUUAUUUAAGUUAUCAAAAAGGUUUUGACUAUUUAAUCCCAUGGAAUCUACUUGAAAUUUCAAGUACAAUCAUUGCUGAACAAUUGACACUAGUCGAUGCUGAUUUAUUGAAACGAGUUUUACCGUACGAAUGCUUAUCAAUUUCGACAAAUAGUUGUUCACGUCGAUCACCGAACAAUUCCAAUCGAUCGUUAUCAACUGUUGACAAAACGAUAGAAUUCUUCAAUUCUAUUGUCAAUCGAGUCGUUGCCACUAUACUCAAAGAAAAAGACGAGCAAACUCGAGCAAAUGUCAUUGAAAAAUGGAUCGAUGUCGCACACGAAUGUCGAAGGCUGAGAAGCUUUUCUUCAUUAACAGCGAUUUUGAAUGGAUUAUUGUCUGGUUGUAUCUAUCGGCUAAACACUGCAUGGUCUCAUGUUACCGAAGAUCAUUGGUCAAUCCUAGAAGAAUUGAAAAAUGUUUUUGGAAGUUGUGCAGAUAAAAAACAAGCGCGAGCUAUACUCGAUAAGCAAUUAGACGAACUACGUCUCGCUCUACCUGAAUACACUGAAGGUACGGCGAAGCAUGUGGACAUAAAUACGGCUAUCAAUGCAACGCUUGGAAAAAAAUUUCGUCAUAAAGCGUCGCGUGAUCAAUCGAAACCGGCUGUGGUUGGUACUGUGCCGUAUUUAGGCAUUUAUCUCAGUGAUUUGACAUACAUCGACUCGGCGUAUCCAAAUACUAUAAACAACGAAAAAACUGAUGGGUCGCCGGCCAAGAAACUAAUUCAUUUUGAAAAACAUCGAAAACAAUUUGAAGUCCUUGCUCAGAUCAAGUUAUUUCAGUCCGCUGCUAACGCAUAUACAGAUCUUCGGUCAUUACCACGGUUCAAAGCAUGGUUUGACAAUGUUCGAACGUAUACAGAUACUGAAAGUUGGGAUAUAUCGUAUCGAAUCGAACCUAAAGAAGCACCCGAUAGUUGUCCACCUCAAGAACAAUUUUGCAAAACCUACGGAGGUCAACCACUUCGAGCUCUUGUUCCACGAUUUCCAUCUGAAGUAUCACUGGACUCCUUGGGCACAUCGAAUAAUGCAAGUGGUGGAAAUACAGAAUCGACAAUCAUCUCGAAUGGUUCAUUACGCUCAUCGCCAUCAUCAACAUCGUUAGACAAAAUGAGCAUCACAUCAAAUAACUCCCUUCGUCAACAUCAGCUAAUCAAAAAUAUGCCGACUCCCCGUGUAAAUCAUUCACGAUCUUCGUCGGUUUCGAGCUUAUUAACAUCGUCAAAUGGUAGUACAAGUCAGGGAUAUGGAUCAGCUACAGCUUCACCAACUAUAAGUACCAAUACAGGUCUUUCCAAUUCUACCGAAAGUGAAUCAGUCAUCGCUAAGAUUCAAUUCGCUGGCAAAGAUGAUUUGCUAUACAAAAAAGUUCGCAUAAAAAAUGACGAACGAACAACCAGUGUAUUGAAAACUAUUUUGGAAAAAUUCGGUUUGGAUCCAUCGAGUUAUGAUCGAUACUGUAUUGAACAAAGAUUACCUGGUCGAAAAAUUCUCAUUCUCGAUCAUUGCAAUGUUUUCUAUGCAUUAGCUCGUCCGUCCAAUAAUGAACAAGUCGAGCUCGUCGUUCGAGAGAAAACUCGACAAGAACGUGAACAGAAAAGUAAUGGUCUUCCAGAUGGUGCUGGUCACAAUCGCACACCGAGUGGACUAAGUAUAUCGUCUACUCAUAGUCGCUAA